AUGGCACGCAUGCAAGAUCCAAUACAACCCUGCCAUCCUUACCGGAAUUGUAACUGUGAUGAACUGCCCCUGAUCGAUGAUACCAUUGAUAGAUUGGAUCAAUUACACUUAUCCGCCGGUUAUUUAAGUAAGAUGCAUUGUAGAUGUGCUUAUCGUUAUACUCCAACUCCCCAUUCAUACCGUUACCCAUAUCAGCCGCAUCCGAAAAUUAAGCAUUCAAUGAACACAAAUAUGACUAAUAUUAAUCAAGUGUAUCCAGAUUCAACUUGCAACUUCGACCAUAGUCGCCGGGCAGUAUCAGAUGUAGCCGCUGCUGCAAACAGCGGAAAGAAUUAUAGAGAAGAGGUUGCAGUUUAUAACAACGAUGAAUCUGUCAAAUGUAUAAAUUCAGACAUUGACCAAGGAAAUCCUAACUUAGACCAUCAUGUAGCCAACCUUUCGCUAAUUGAUCAAAACGACACUACAAAGAUGUCUCAAAUGAAUACCAAUAAAAAUAAACCAGUUAUGUUAAAUAUGGCUAAAGCCUGGUUAGAACAUAAUCAAGGAAAGGAAGUGAAUGAGAACAUUAUCACAGAUUGUGGCAAUGGAGAUGUAACAGAAAACAGUCCAAACUACCAAGAUGACACAACGCCAGAUGAAUUAGCCAGCUAUCUCGAACACUAUUUGUAUUUACCUAAGCCGAUGUCAACGGCUGCUGAAAUGAGUUAUUCGUAA